UAAAUUAAUUAAAAAUGGUAUAACAAUAGCACAUGUUUACAGAGAAGUUGCAUAGCAACACUCCUUCACAGUGGAGAAGGAAUUUAAAUAAUUUGUACACUAACAGUACAGUUUAAGUCAAUGAAUUUUAUAAAUUUAUAAAAAUUAUCAAUAUUUGUGUACAGUGCCAUAAAAUACAGUCAAACCUCUUAUAAGUGGAUACCACUUGAGAAUGAGAUUUUGCCUGGUUAUUAGAAGGGUCCAUAUACUCUGCAGUUAUACUCUCACACAUAUUCUAUAUUUAUAAAUAAAAAAUAUUAAAUUGUGAUAUUUCGGCCUGUGGACAGACACACUGAAGAUGAUGACAUGUCUAAAUGAAGUCAGCCAGUGAGGAUAGUAUUCGCAAGUGAGAGAUCCAUAGGAAUCAUUUUGCAGCCAAGAAAAAGCCAUCUCUUUGAAGCAAAAAAUACUAAAUCAGCUCAUAAAUUGAAAUGGUAGAAGUCAACAGACAUAAUUUCGAGGAACACCUCAACCAAAUACAGUACGAUCUGAAUAAAUGCGCCUACUACUCGGUAGAUUGUGAAUUCACGAAUUUACCCACUGAUUUUGAUGUGGAAAAUAGUGUAUUUGAUGGAGGUGAUGAUAGAUACGCAAAAAUCCGAGGAAAGAUUAGUGGAUGUGUAAUUUUACAAGUUGGGCUAACACCUUUUAUUUUCAACCGAGACCUUAACCAUUACAAAGCCUCUUUGUAUAAAUUUUAUAUAUUCCCAAAUGACUUUGGGCCACUAAACCAAUUUGUAGUUUUUAAGGCGUCUACAGUGAGAUUUCUUAGGGACAAUAAAUUUGACUUCAAUAAGGGAUUUUAUGAUGGCAUAACAUGUUUGAAUAAAACACAAGAGCGGGAAAUCAAAUCGGAAAUAGAAUCUGGUAAGUUGACACACAGUCUUAUAGAAGCGGUGACAUAUGAUGAAUACAGGUGUAUAACAAAAUUAUCAUCUGAGAUCGGCCAUUGGUACAUAAACUGCACACAAGGGGAAAGUCGGCAGGUGCCUUGUAAGAAAGACGACCACAAUUACAAUUAUUUAUUACACGAUGAAAUUAGAACUCGCUUCCCUAAGCUGUGGACAUUUCAAGAAACAUCGGAAAUAGUUUUAGUUAAGAACGUUGGGGAGGUUGAUAGAAAAAAAUUUGAAUUCGAUAAGAAUGACAUCAAAGAAAAGAUUUUGGACUCCCUCUUAGGUUUUUCAAAAGUAUAUCAAAUGAUGGUGGAGUGCAAAAAACCAUUAGUAGGUCAUAACUUGUUCAUAGAUUUGCUCACAAUGUACAACCAGUUUUACGAUGAGCUUCCUCGAUCUUUUUCUGAGUUCAAAUCUGAACUUCACCGUCUUUUCCCACAUAUAUACGAUACAAAAUUUAUGAGUUAUGAAAUAAAAAAAAUGUCCAAAAAAGAUGCUUUAGAAAACAAUUCACUAGGAAAUUUAUACAAUUAUUACAGAGAUAAAAAUAAUGUUUUCCACGGCCCAAGGAUAGUAUUUGACAGUGGCAUCUACGAUAAUGUUAAUGAUCAGCAUAUGCAUGAUGCCGGCUGGGAUGCCUACGCGACAGGAUAUUGUUUUAUGAAACUCUGCCAUACCGUUGUAACAAAAAACAAUUUCAAUGACCCUAAUAAGAUUUGGUCUAGUGUGGAACACUUGAAGAGGGUGGAGUUUUUAGAAAAUCGUAUAAAUCUGCCGAGAGCACGAAUUUCCUAUUUGAAUUUAGUCGGUCCAGAACCAAGGACAACAAGGCCCCCUUUGUUGUUCCUUGAAGCAGUUCGCAGUAGUAAAUGUGAUAUUCUUAAGUUAAAUCAAAUAUUGAGGAAACAUUCAAAUAUACAUAUAAAGACGGUUUCACCUUCUUCUGCAAUACUUGCAGCAGCUAACUAUACAAGUUAUAAAGAAGUUUUAAGAGAUAUUAACGAGCAUAAAGAUUUUCGAAUAGAGAAAUAUUCUGUUCUGAAGCACCAUAAAUUUAUCAAACCAUUGAUACUGGCCGGUAUCGUCAUCCCGACAGUUCUCACGUUCUGGAUCACAGUUAAAAAUUUUCGAUAGUUAUAUUUCAAUUUAAGCAAUAUGAAAUUAAUAAAAACAUUGUUUGUGCAAUCAAAUGCAGCAAUUUUUAAA